UUAAGUAUUUAAUAGCAAUGAAUGGUUUGAAUGGUGUAAUACUGUAAAAAAAUAGAAAUUUUUUAGAAUUAUUAUAUCGGAAUAUUAACGUCUUUAUUAAAAUGACUGAAUCAGUUAAUUCCCAAAGAUUUUAUUACAUUUAUAGCUGUGAUUUAGAUGCUUGCUUUAAAAUUAAAAUUGGUACCUUAGAAGGAAAAAGAAGAAAACCUAGUUAUCAUGCACUGUUAAAUGAUCCGUUACUAAAAUUUUCUGGUAUGUCUCAAGAAGGUUGUUCUGAUCUUUAUGUUACAUGUCAAAUAUAUGCUUCUGGUGAACCACUUGCAUUACCUGUUCAAACAUCAUAUAAAGCAUUUAGUACACGAUGGAACUGGAAUGAAUGGUUGACAUUGCCUGUAAAAUUUUGUGACUUACCAAGAAAUGCUGUCCUUGCACUAACAGUUUGGGAUGUUUAUGGUCCAAGAAAGAGUGUUCCUGUUGGAGGUACUACUGUAUCCAUAUUUGGAAAAAGAGGAGCACUUAGACAAGGAAUACAUGAUUUAAAAUUGUGGCCAAAUGUACAAGCUGAUGGAAAUGAAAAUACUGAAACGCCUGGCAAAGUUGAUAGUUCUAAGGAAUUGAUGACAGGUUUAUCUAAGUUAACUAAAAAACAUCGCAAUGGUCAUAUGAUGAAAGUUGAUUGGUUGGACAGAUUGACAUUUCGUGAAAUAGAAAUGAUUCAUGAACAGGAAAAAAGAAAUUCUGACUUCAUGUUUCUUAUGAUUGAAUUUCCAAGAAUAAUUUAUAAUUGUAUUGAAUAUACAGUUGUGUAUUUUGAAAAGGAUGGAGAUGAAAGUUGUCAAUAUCCAAGUGAAGGUACAAUUAUUGCUGUUCCAGAUCUUGAAAUAUCUUUGGAAAAUUUGGUAGAAGGCAAACAUCACAAAUUAGCAAGAAGUAUUAGAAGUGGAUUAAGUGAUAAAGAUUUGAAACCAAAUGCUGCAGUAAGAGAUCAGCUUAAUGGUAUAGUAACUUAUCCUCCUACAAAAGUUCUUACAUCUGAGGAACAAGAUCUAGUGUGGAAAUUCAGAUUUUAUUUGACUAGUCAGAAAAAGGCUUUGACAAAAUUCUUGAAAUGUGUCAAUUGGAAUUUAGCUGGAGAAGCUAGACAAGCUUUGGAAUUAUUAAGUUGUUGGCAAGCUAUGGAUGUAGAAGAUGCACUUGAAUUAUUUUCCUCUCAGUUUACUCAUCCAGCUGUUCGUCGAUAUGCGGUUACACGUCUUCAACAGGCUCCUGACGAGGAUUUGUUACUUUAUUUACUACAACUUGUACAAGCUUUAAAAUAUGAAAAUUUUGAUGAAAUCAAAGCUGGUCUUGAUGUGAGGCGAGAAUCUACUGCAACAAUACAACCAAUAGACAUAUCUUCGUCAAUAACUGUUACUGAUAAAGAUAGAUUGGAUAUGGAGAUAAACAGAUGGUAUUUAUUGGUUGAAUAUGAUGAUCAAGAUAAUACAACUAAAGACCCAAGAGUCACUGAAAUGUACAUAACUGUUAUGAAAAGAUUUAGUCAAACUCUUCUUAAGGGUAACACAGAAUAUAGGUUAAGACGAUCUUUAUUAGCAAGGCAGCAGACAUUUGUGGAUAAGUUAGUUACACUGAUGAAGACAGUAGCCAGGGAAAGUGGGAACAGAAAGAAAAAAAUUGAAAGAUUACAAGCAUUACUUUCUGAUCAAGAAGCUAAUAAAAUGAAUUUCACCAAUUUUAAAUCAUUGCCUUUGCCAUUGGAUCCUGAAAUAAAAAUUAAAGGCAUACUACCCAAUAAGGCAACUUUGUUUAAAAGUGCAUUAAUGCCUAGUAGACUCACAUUCUUAACAGUUGAUAACACAGAAUAUGUUGCCAUAUUUAAACAUGGAGAUGAUUUAAGACAAGAUCAACUUAUUUUGCAAACUAUAACUUUAAUGGACAAGCUUUUAAGGAGAGAAAAUCUUGAUUUGAAACUAACCCCAUACAGAGUUUUAGCUACAAGCAGCAAACAUGGAUUUGUUCAAUAUAUUGAAUCUUCAGCAGUUGCUGAAGUUUUGGGAACAGAAGGAAGUAUUCAGAAUUUUUUCAGAAAAUAUGCUCCAUCAGAUAAUGGGCCUUAUGGAAUUCUACCGGAAGUAAUGGAUACUUACGUUAAGUCAUGUGUCAUAGUGUAUCACCAACUUUUCUAUGCCUUCUGCAUACUCAGUUACUGCCAAGUUCUUGAACCAGUCAUUAACGGCCUCUUUCAGUUCAUUGUCACUUCCAUAGUGAUUCCCGUCCAAAAAAUCCUUCAGUUUUGGGAAAAGAUGAAUAUUGAAGUCGNCCCAGCAGAAAGCUAUGAAACAGCGGGGAAGCUGAUUGGUCGACCACCGGCCCACUACAGUGCAUAUAUAGAUCAGUUUAGGGAUGUUCUAAGUAAAGAAAUGGUUGAAGCAAUGGGAGGAAUUAACUCUGAACAUUAUCAAGAAUUCCGUAAACAAUGUUAUACUGCAUUUCUUCAUUUAAGAAGGCAUGCUAAUUUAAUUCUUAAUUUAUUUUCAUUGAUGGUUGAUGCAAAUGUGCCAGAUAUAGCAUUAGAACCUGACAAAACUGUUAAAAAGGUUCAAGAUAAAUUUCGUCUUGAUUUAACGGACGAAGAAGCUGUUCAUUUUAUGCAAAAUUUAAUAGAUGUUAGUGUGACAGCUGUUAUGGCUGCUUUGGUAGAACAAAUACAUAAGAUAGCUCAGGUAAGACUAAUUCAGUGUAUUUAUUAUUUUAUAUCUUAAGUUUCUUAUUAUACAAAUAUCAAAUUUGUAAUAAAAUUAAUACUUUAGAGUUUGAGAUUGUUCUAUCCAAUAUAAUAUACAGUGGAACCCCGGUUAACGAACGUCCUGGUUAACGACCA